UUCUGCAUAUAUAAAAUACCUGUUCAUAUAUAUGUGUUUUUUGUAGCUGGAACGGAUUAAUGACUUUGCAAUGAAUAACAAUGGAAAAAAUGCUUCAACAAUUCGACAAUAAAAACUUCAUCUGAAGGUAUUACUGUACUCUGCACAGUAGAUCAUUUAAUUUAUGUUAAACAUUAAUUAAUAAUUUUAUUUUGUCAUAUCUCGUCCUGCUCCUGAAACGAAAAAGUUGUUGCAUGAUCCAUUCGCUUUUGUACUGUUUUAUCCCAAUGUGCAUUGCGCGUAUAAUCGGAGAGGAGAGUAACAACAGUGCGCCCAAAGCAGCGGCAAACCAAUGGAAAAGAUCAUGUUGCGGAAUCAGAUGCGUGCUCGAUCAAUCACGCUACCGUACGCGCCAAUGAACAGUUCCGUCCGCGGUACGUUUCGGUAAUACUAUGGUGAAUCCAUUUUCCACAACAACCAGUUGAUUUCAAGUACAUAUUACGGAUCUCCGAUCAGUGUUAAACGGUGGGAAACGGUGAAUACAAUGCUAUAACGGUGCCGCUUACUUUAACGUGUGAAUAGAAAACCCUACGGCUGGCUUGGUGAUUUUGGAACCGCGUCGUGAAUGCAAAUCAACUCUUUAGACAAUGAUACUUGCUACAAAAGUGUUUGGGGGAUCCUUCCCCAAACGAAUGAUAGUUACAAUAAUGAUAUUCGUUGCAUGCACAGCAUCGUUCAUGUUGCGGGUCCAUAUGUCGAUCAAUCUCCUGGCAAUGAUACAACCAAUUGCUACCACUAAUACUCCCGCCAACAACACUGGCAUAGUGUUGAACGCUACAACCUCGUCCUCCUUAAUGCCCCAUUCAAUGGCGAAUGAGACUGUCACUCAAGAUGAUAAUGUUAUCGUUCCUGCGCCGGUGGUACCUGACUAUGGUCCCCGUUACGCUUGGAACCAAAACAUGCAGAGCCACAUCCUGGGAGCUUACUUCUACGGUUACCUGUUAACAUCACUUCCUGCUGGCCCAAUGGCGGAGCGAUACGGUCCGCAGCGCUUGAUCGGAUACUCAUUUCUUCUCUGCGCGCUUGUCACCGCUCUUUUUCCUAUAUUUGCCGCAAUCAAUGUGUGGGUUGUGAUUGUGGGACGGUUUCUGAUCGGUGUGCUCAGCGGAUGUGUUUAUCCUACACUGCACAAUGUAAUAUCGCGCUGGAUUCCACCGAAUGAAAAAAGCAAAGCCGUUGCCUGCAUUGCAGGCGGAAGUACAUUCGGCACCGUGAUAACUUGGCCAUUUGCUGGCCUUUUAACAGAACACUUCGGUUGGGUGUAUGCAUUUUAUGUACCGGCAUUUCUUUCUGCACUGGUUGGUGUGAUCUGGUUCUGGCUAAUUGCCGAUGCCCCGAGUGAACAUAAAACAAUCACAAAGGAGGAACGUGAUCUCAUCGAAGCAUCCUUUGGCAAUACCGUCUCGAAAACAAAGGCAAAACCUCCGUUAGUCCAAGUGAUUACUUCUCUGCCAUUCAUAGCACUCGUCCUGUCCCAUUAUAGCAGCUUUUGGGGAUUAAACUUCUUCGUUACACAGGCACCGAAGUUCAUCAAUGAAGUGCUCGGCUUUAAUCUGACCAACGCUGGUUUUCUCUCCAGUUUGCCCUAUUUGGCACGCAUGUUUUCUGGAUUUUUCUUCGGAUACAUCGGCGAUUGCAUGAGGCGAAAGGAAAUCAUGGCCGUGACCUCAUUGCGCAAAUUUUUCAUCGUGUUCUCACAUUUCCUACCGGGUGCAUUCCUGAUUGCACUUCCUUUCAUCGGCCAAGACCCAAUCGUUACCGUUUCAUGCAUAAUUGCCUGCCUUGGUUUUAAUGGUGCGUCAACUAUUACUAAUCUGGUAAACGCACAAGAUUUGGCACCAAACUUUGCGGCCACGCUGUACGGAAUGAUGAACUUCCUUGCAACAACGGCAGGUUUUCUCGCACCAAUGGUUGUAGCUUACUUUACUAAGGAAAAGAAUACAAUGGAGGAAUGGAAGUAUGUGUUUCUUCUAACAGCCAGCUUCUACAUUGUUUCCGGCUUAUUUUUUACUGUUUUUGGUUCUGGAAAAGUGCAGAAAUGGAACGAAAUCAAAGAGCAAAGAACGACAGAACCAGUAGAACCAGAAGACCAGAAUGUAAAGCUAUAAUCGAGUUCAAAAUUUUAAUUACAAUCAAGUACAUUGUGCCUUCUUUGUGUAAGUAAUUUUGCAUGACAAUAAACAUUUAAAGCUGUUGCAUAUGAAAGCUA